AUGUCGCGUUCCAAUCUACAUGGCGACUUGGUCGCAUCCGUAAAUGCCGUGGCUAACGUUAUGCGCUCUAUCCAGGCUCUGAGAAGAUCCAUCAAAGGCGAAAAGGAUAGACCUCAGGUCUCCAUCGCCCCCAAGUCUGCAGUUGCCAUUGUUCCCCCCAAAAAGGUUAUCCGAGCGCUUUACGAUUAUGAGGCUGCUUCCUCCCAGGAGCUAAGUUUCUCAAGGGGUGAUUUCUUUCACGUUAUCGGUCGAGAAAAUGAUUCGGAUUGGUAUGAGGCAUGCAAUCCGGCGCUCCCUGAUGCUCGAGGACUCGUUCCCGUAGCCUUCUUCCAAGCACUCGGGCGUACCGAAAGAGAUAGUGGUUCGUCGGAUCUGGGUCGCCCAUUGACCUUGAAGAAGGAGGAUCACGAUUCCGGAUUUUCCGAGACUAAUUCGUCAACGGUGCCUCCCACCCCGGCGUUGAGCCAACGUAGUUCUAAGUCGGGCGCUAAAAAUGGGGCUAUGGUUUACGGGAUUGUGAUGUACGACUUUCAGGCAGAGAGGGCGGAUGAACUGGAAGCAAAAGCUGGUGAAGCGAUUAUAGUGAUCGCGCAAUCUAACCCGGAAUGGUUUGUUGCAAAACCAAUCGGUCGCUUAGGAGGCCCUGGCCUCAUUCCUGUUUCCUUCGUAGAAAUUCGAGAUAUGUCGACAGACACGGCCGUUCCGAAUCCCCACGAGGCUGUAAAACGAGCUGGUGUUCCUAAGGUUGAAGAGUGGAAGAAGAUGGCAGCUGAUUACAAGAAUAGUAGCAUCACGCUAGGCAAAUUUGAAGCAGGUAGUCAACCGGGUUUGGAACAAGGCAUGGAACGGAUGAGCUUGCAACCUGGUCCCAAUCGCCAGAGUCAACAGCAGAGCCCUUCCUUCCAGCAGCAACAGCAGCAACAGCAGUACAAUGGAUACCAGCAACAAGCCCAACAGCAGCCCCCAAAUGCUGUGCAACAGAAUCAAUACGCUUCAAAGUCAAGUUCGCAAUUAUAUGCACCUAUAUCUGCCCGGAUACCGCGAUAUUGCUUUGCCGAGGACAAGUAUUGGUUUGUGAUCGAAGCAGUGUUAGAGGAUGGUCGGCACUGGGAGCUAUCGCGUUACUAUGAAGACUUUUACGAUUUCCAGAUCGCGCUCCUAACCGAGUUCCCCGCCGAAGCUGGAAAUACCGGCACACAUAAGCGUACAUUACCGUACAUGCCUGGUCCUGUUAACUAUGUGACCGACGCAAUCACAGAAGGACGAUUGCACAAUCUAGAUGCAUACGUAAAGAACCUAUUAGGACAACCGGCAUACAUCUCAAAGUGCAACUUAGUAAAGCAGUUCUUCGCGCCAAGAGAGGGUGAUUAUGAGAUCGAGCCGAACGACGAUGAAUACAGACUGUCUGGUGGGUCGUCAGUAGACUCGCCAAGAGAUGAUAACUCCCAGCAGUCGUCAAGGAAUAAUCUGAAUGGGAAUGGAUACUCCGGAUUAUCGGCAGCCCCAAGACAGAUGCAAAAUGGUCAGCCACCGAUGACUCGGCAAACAUCAUCACUUUCCCAGCCCUCGCAAUCAUCGUUAUCUCCGGGGAUCACCCCGGGAGGACCGUCUCUCAAGGUCAAAUUACACUUCAACGACGACACGUUUCUGAUACGUGUACCGUCUGACACUAAUUUCCAACAAUUAUAUGAGAGGAUUAGAGAACGUACCAAGGUUUCUAGCGGAGACCAAAUCCAGCUCUUCUACCGAGAUGAGCAGAGUGGUGACAAGCUCAGUCUCCUCAGUAACAACGAUCUUAACUAUGCUCUAGAGCACAACGAAAAGCUAGUUGUUUUUGUCGAACAGGUAUAA